UGUAACCUGGAGCGGGAGGAGCGUCAGUCCCAGGAGGGUCAGCGGGAGGAGCGUCAGUCCCAGGAGGGUCAGCGGGAGGAGCGUCAGCCCCAGGAGGGGUCAGCGGGAGGAGCGUCAGCCGCUGGAGGGGUCAGCGGGAGGAGCGUCAGCCCCAGGAGGGGUCAGCGGGAGGAGCGUCAGUCCCAGGAGGGGUCAGCGGGAGGAGCGUCAGUCCCAGGAGGGGUCAGCGGGAGGAGCGUCAGCCGCUGUAGGGGUCAGCGGGAGGAGCGUCAGCCCCAGGAGGGUCAGCGGGAGGAGCGUCAGCCCCAGGAGGGGUCAGCGGGAGGAGCGUCAGCCGCUGUAGGGGUCAGCGGGAGGAGCGUCAGACCCAGGAGGGGUCAGCGGGAGGAGCGUCAGCGGGAGGAGGGUCAGCCGCAGGAGCGUCAGCGGGAGGAGGGUCAGCCGCAGGAGCGUCAGCGGGAGGAGGGUCAGCCGCAGGAGGGUCAGCCGCAGGAGGGUCAGCCGCAGGAGCGUCAGCGGGAGGAGCGUCAGCCGCUGGAGGGUCAGCCGCUGGAGGGUCAGCCGCAGGAGCGUCAGCGGGAGGAGCGUCAGCCGCUGGAGGGUCAGCGGGAGGAGCGUCAGCCGCAGGAGCGUCAGUCCCAGGAGGGGUCAGCGGGAGGAGCGUCAGCCGCUGUAGGGGUCAGCGGGAGGAGCGUCAGACCCAGGAGGGAUCAGCGGGAGGAGCGUCAGCCCCAGGAGGGUCAGCGGGAGGAGCGUCAGCCCCAGGAGGGUCAGCGGGAGGAGCGUCAGCCCCAGGAGGGGUCAGCGGGAGGAGCGUCAGCCGCAGGAGCGUCAGUCCCAGGAGGGGUCAGCGGGAGGAGCGUCAGCCGCUGUAGGGGUCAGCGGGAGGAGCGUCAGACCCAGGAGGGGUCAGCGGGAGGAGCGUCAGCCCCAGGAGGGGUCAGCGGGAGGAGCGUCAGCCCCAGGAGGGGUCAGCGGGAGGAGCGUCAGCCGCUGGAGGGUCAGCCGCAGGAGCGUCAGCGGGAGGAGCGUCAGCCGCUGGAGGGUCAGCGGGAGGAGCGUCAGCCGCAGGAGCGUCAGUCCCAGGAGGGGUCAGCGGGAGGAGCGUCAGCCGCUGUAGGGUCAGCGGGAGGAGCGUCAGACCCAGGAGGGAUCAGCGGGAGGAGCGUCAGCCCCAGGAGGGUCAGCGGGAGGAGCGUCAGCCCCAGGAGGGUCAGCGGGAGGAGCGUCAGCCCCAGGAGGGGUCAGCGGGAGGAGCGUCAGCCGCAGGAGCGUCAGUCCCAGGAGGGGUCAGCGGGAGGAGCGUCAGCCGCUGUAGGGGUCAGCGGGAGGAGCGUCAGACCCAGGAGGGGUCAGCGGGAGGAGCGUCAGCCCCAGGAGGGGUCAGCGGGAGGAGCGUCAGCCGCUGGAGGGUCAGCCGCAGGAGCGUCAGCGGGAGGAGGGUCAGCCGCAGGAGCGUCAGCCGCAGGAGCGUCAGCCGCAGGAGCGUCAGCGGGAGGAGGGUCAGCCGCUGGAGGGUCAGCCGCAGGAGCGUCAGCGGGAGGAGCGUCAGCCCCGGGAGGGUCAGCGGGAGGAGCGUCAGCCGCUGGAGCGUCAGCGGGAGGAGCGUCAGCGGGAGGAGGGUCAGCGGGAGGAGCGUCAGCGGGAGGAGGGUCAGCCGCAGGAGCGUCAGCCGCUGGAGGGUCAGCCGCUGGAGGGUCAGCCGCAGGAGGGUCAGCGGGAGGAGCGUCAGCGGGAGGAGGGUCAGCCGCAGGAGCGUUAGCGGGAGGAGGGUCAGCCGCAGGAGCGUCAGCGGGAGGAGCGUCAGCCGCAGGAGGGUCAGCCGCAGGAGCGUCAGCCGCAGGAGGGUCAGCCGCUGGAGGGUCAGCGGGAGGAGCGUCAGCCGCUGGAGGGUCAGCCGCAGGAGGGUCAGCCGCAGGAGCGUCAGCCCCAGGAGGGGUCAGCGGGAGGAGCGUCAGUCCCAGGAGGGUCAGCGGGAGGAGCGUCAGCCGCAGGAGCGUCAGCCGCUGUAGGGGUCAGCGGGAGGAGCGUCAGCCGCUGUAGGGGUCAGCGGGAGGAGCGUCAGCCGCAGGAGCGUCAGCCGCUGUAGGGGUCAGCGGGAGGAGCGUCAGCCGCUGUAGGGGUCAGCGGGAGGAGCGUCAGCCCCAGGAGGGUCAGCGGGAGGAGCGUCAGCCGCUGGAGGGUCAGCGGGAGGAGCGUCAGCGGGAGGAGCGUCAGCGGGAGGAGCGUCAGCCGCAGGAGCGUCAGCGGGAGGAGCGUCAGCGGGAGGAGCGUCAGCCGCAGGAGCGUCAGCGGGAGGAGCGUCAGCCGCAGGAGCGUCAGCGGGAGGAGCGUCAGCGGGAGGAGGGUCAGCCGCAGGAGCGUCAGCGGGAGGAGCGUCAGCCGCAGGAGCGUCAGCGGGAGGAGCGUCAGCCGCAGGAGCGUCAGCGGGAGGAGCGUCAGCCGCUGGAGGGUCAGCGGGAGGAGCGUCAGCCGCAGGCUUACAGAAACCCCAACAGUGUAGUUUGCUGUCGUGUCAUGUCUCCUUCAGGGAUUCACAUGCACUAAUUUCAGACUUGCACUGAGUGACGGGCAGGCAGCUGUGGUGUUGUUGUUUGGCAGCACGGUGGUCCGGUGGAUACCACUGUGGCCUCAUAGCAAGAAGGUCGUGGGUUCGAAACUCCGGUCGUCCCUUUUGUGUGGAGUUUGCGUGUUCUCCCCGUGUCUGCCCGCUGCUUCCUCAGGGAUGGGUAAAAUGCACAUACAUGUGUACGUGACAAAUAAAGUACCUUUACCUUAGGUGACGUCAGAUCCCGGCCACGGAAGUCCCAACACUCAGUGAUUUGCAACACAGACAG